AUGCAAACUAAGAGAAAGAACGUAGGUCGGAGAGCAUGGAAUAUCAUCCGACUUGCGGUUUUAUGGGCAAGAAAAAACGCAGAAUCAAGGAGGGUUUUUGUGAUGGACCUCGGUAAAUGCUUUAGCCGCCGGCGAUCAGAUUCCGGCGCCGCCUUAAGAUAUGGAGAAAGGGAGAUGUCUUUUCAUUCGAGUCCUGUUAAUCAUGUAAAGAUGCAUCGUGCACCUCCACUUAUUUGUUUCAAUAUUCCAUGCAUUAAAAAACCGGCGGUUGAUCGUUUCCAUAAUGAUGAUGUUGAGUAUUGUCUUUACGAUGACGAUGUUGAGUAUUGUCUUUACGACGACGACGACGACGAAGAUGAUGUUGAUGUGAAGGCGGAGAUGUUCAUUACUAAGUUUUAUGAACAAAUUAAGAUUCAAAGACAAGGAGUUAAUAAUUCAUAA